AUAAAGGUGGAUAUCGCCGAUGACAAGAAGAUUCCGUUCUAUGUGUCAUUGACAUUUUCCAUGACACACAUUCCUGUGUGGGAGUAUAAUAUUAAUAGCAGAGGAAUGCGGAAAAUAAGGUUGCACGGGACUUAAUAUAUAUAUUUUUAAUAUUGUUGUUCAAAGACAGAUUUAGGACAACAACUCGUGUGAAGUGUUGCUCUGGGAUGAAAAGGAAAGAAAGACUGUUUCAAGGGUAUAAAACUUCCGUCAUGACUCGUUCAGUGAUUGCUCUAGUGUUCAUGUUUGUCAUUUUGCCUGGAACAGUUGGUGGUUGCAGCUGUCGUGGGAGCAACUGCUGCAACAAUAACUGUGUCUCGAGCGACAUGAAGAUUGAAGAAUUAAAGAAAGGAAUUGUUUCUGUGUCUGAACUAUCUGCUGGUGACUUUAUUCGUGGACUCAGAGGAGAAGAGAAGACUUCUGGUUGGUGCAGAGUUGACGCGGUCUACCCCAGAGAAAGCGCCCGAAACUUCACCACCUACAAUGGUUUUACAAAGGAACAUAUGGUUGUUGAUGAUCAGAAAGUACGUCCCCACGGAGAUGAAGGUCUGGCCGUUAGUACACAGUUAUACACACUCGCUACAGAAUGCGAUGCUGCUGUCAACGCCGCUGGUCACAUAUUUACACCACUCAGUACAACAUUUUGUCCCCAUGAACUGGCCUGGAGUGAAUAUCUCGUUCUCAUCGCAGCAAUACGUCGCGUGACGAGUCGCACAGGGUACUUCUGGUACCUUAGUGAUGCUUUCCAUGAUAGCGAUGCAGCAAAAGUUCCUAAAUGGGCGGACAUGCUCCCUGACAUGUGUACAGAAAUGUUGAAAUGCGCCCGUGAAAGUAAAUGUGAGAAGUUUGAGAAGACAGUGAAAGAAUUUGUUGAUGAACACUUGAAUAAAAAGUAUGUCUUGGUUGUUGAACGUGUCUUUCCAAAUCUUGGUGGUGAUGUGAACAAAGAUGGGACUGUGAGUAAAGUAGUCCGUCAAGAUGAUCACACCAACAUCAUUCUUAUAUCUUCACUGAGCGUCAUUGGAUGUAUGCUCAUUGUCAUCGCUGUGUUGAUUUACUGUCUUCUUCGAGUGGUCAAGAAAAAAUCAAACAAGCUUUCCCAGGAAAAACCUUCCCUUGAUGACGUAUCACCCGGAAAGUUUGGCUACCAAAAAGCUUGAUUUCGAACUCUUUAAAACUUUGCUUAUUUGCUACUUUAUAUAUAGAGCCUAAAGAAACACUACAUAUAGCAACAAACUUUUACUCCUAAGCUAAUCUAGUUUUUCUGUAAUUCUGUUUUACUUGCAUGUUGCAAAAAAAUUAGUGCUAUAACACAGUUCAUGUAAUGGUACCUAAUAGUAAUAGCCUCAGCUUUGAGAUAUUAUUAAUUAGUUUGAUCUCUAGUUAACCUUUUCCAUAUUAAAGG